AUGUUCGACACUCUUCGUCGAAGGGCUUAUAAUUGGUUUGUUAACCAAAAGGUGGAACUGAAGCAUGGUCACUCCUUUGGAUUUCGUUUUAGGAGGCGGAUGUCCCGAAUUGAACGACGUAUAGGGCCAGGAAUUAAAAAAGUGAUACCAACUUUCAUCGUUGCUCAUGUUGUAUACAUCAUUACAAUGGUUGUCUUAGCAUCUAUCUGGAUAUACCCAGUAAAGACGAUUGACUACAUCGAUGCUUUAUUUUUUGCUGCUGGCGCUUGCACCCAGGCAGGACUGAAUACUGUUGAUACUAAUGACUUAUCUCUGUUUCAACAGCUUUCGAUAUACAUUUUUUGCAUGUUGACGACUCCUAUUUUUAUUCAUGGUUCUUUGUCAGCCUUGAGGCUUUACUGGUUUGAAAAGACGUUUGACAACAUCAAGAUCAACUCCAAACUUCGUAGCAAAAUGAGACGAACUCAAACAUUAGAAUCUAGGCGCAAUAAAAACUUUAGGACCCAAACCAAUCCAGACGUUGAACCAGGUAUUCCUGACUCGCCCGAUAAACCGCCAAUUGACACUUCAUCCAAUUCUUCUGUUCGUGAUCAUUAUAACCAGGUGGAACAUUAUAGUGAGCCAAGCGAUUCGGGGGACGACUUGGAAAGAAAUGAACACGAUCCUAGCGUUGUCGUCAAUACAACUAGCAUUCAGCCAGGGGUUCACAAGGACAUAAAAUUUUCUGAGCUUCCAAAACCUACAGGACGUAAAGAUGUUCAACCCCAAGAUAUGUAUAUGUCUAUUGCCAUGCUCCAAAAUAAGCAGCCGUACACCUCAGAGCUUAGCGAGUCUGGGCCAGUGUUACAUAUUAAAGGCCCAGCUGAACGUCGCAAACAUAGAAGGCGUAGACGUUACAAAAGGAAAUCAAUCCCAGGUCCUAGAAGACCUUCCUCAGAGAGUGCAGUUGCACCUGAAAGCGAGGAAGGGAAUAGGCACCAUCAAACUGCUCAGUCCGGGCCCCUUUCGAUAACGAGUUCUACAGAAGGAAAUACGCUGAAUCGUCAUCAUGAAGAGUCACCAGUAGAGAAAAGUGAAAAGCCGUCUAUCUUUCAAGGAACUCCAGUUUCCUUCGACAAAAUUAUCAAAAAGAACCCGGUUGCCAAGAACUUCAACAAAUUGAAGCGACGAGCAUCCUCUACAGUGUUUUCAAGAAACAACAAUGAUACCGACGAGUCUGAAGACAGUUAUGCAGCAAUGUACGAUGAGGACAACAAUGAUGAAGAUUACGAUGACGACGAGGAGUAUGACCAGGAUGAAGAUGAAAGAGAAUUGGCAAGUCACACCACUCGAGGGAUGUCCACUAAUUAUUUAUCGUGGGAGCCAACCAUUGGAAGGAACUCUACAUUUAUUGCGUUAACAGAUGAACAGAAAGAAGAGCUAGGCGGCGUUGAAUAUAGAGCUACCAAAAUGUUGUCCAGAGUGGUAGUUUGCUACUACGUCGGGUUUCACUUGUUAGCUGGAAUCAUGUUUUUGGCUUUUGGUUGCUUGCAGAGUCAUUAUUCUAGGCUUUUCAGGUCCCAAGGAUUUGCUCCAGCGUGGUGGGGAUUUUUCACGUCUCAAAGUGUGUUCAAUGAUUUGGGAAUCACAUUGACCUAUAAUUCCUUCAUACCAUUUCAGCAGAACGCAUAUGUUCAAGUAGUAGCAUCAUUCUUUAUCAUCAUUGGAAACACAGGAUUCCCAAUUAUGCUGCGUUUCAUUGUAUGGGUACUCUUCAAGUUUGCCCAGCCACUUUCAAUGCGUAAAGAGUCAUUGGGAUUCCUUCUAGAUCAUCCGAGAAGAUGCUUUACACUGCUAUUUCCAUCAGCUGCUACGUGGUGGCUCUUUUUUGUGCUGGUAAUUCUGAAUGUGUUUGACUGGCUACUUUUUGUCAUCCUAGAUUUUCAUAGAUCCGUGGUUGAUGGAAUUCCUGGUGGGUACAAAGUUUUGAUUGGUAUCUUUCAGUCUGUUUCAACUAGAACUGCCGGAUUUGCAAUUGUAGAUUUAGCGCACAUCCAUCCAGCAGUCCAAGUGAGUUACAUGGUUAUGAUGUACAUUUCAGUUCUUCCUUUGGCCAUUUCCAUUAGAAGAACCAAUGUCUACGAAGAGCAGUCUUUAGGAGUUUAUUAUCCUCCUGGACAAAUGGAGGAAGAUGAGUCUGAUGCCCAUCAAAAUAAACCUGGCACUUUCAUUGGUACUCAUUUGAGAAAGCAACUAUCCUUUGAUCUGUGGUUCUUAUUUUUGGGGUUGUUUAUUAUAUGUCUUGCAGAUGGAGGUCGUCUUUCAAGUGGAGAUCCUGGAUUUACUGUUUUCCAUGUGCUAUUUGAAAUUGUUUCUGCUUAUGGAACUGUAGGGUUGUCUCUUGGCUAUCCAGGAACCAACACAUCCUUCAGUGCUCAAUUCAGUGUCAUAUCAAAAUUAGUGAUCAUUGCUAUGAUGAUCAGAGGAAGACACAGAGGACUACCGUACUCACUAGAUAGAGCUAUAUUGUUGCCUUCUGAAAAGAUGAAGAAACGUGACGACAAACAGGCAAGACAUGCAAUUAUGAGAACUAUGACUAUGGACAACACCCUAUCUAGGAUGAGUUCUGGCCAUUCAGCUGCUACUGCUAAUACUCGCAAUGACACCUUGAUGCAGAGACUAAAAAGGACCAUCAUUUUUAAUAUCAGACAUGAAGAACAGAAUCAAAGGCUCUCUUGCCCAAGAAUUCCCUCGUUCAAUGACUUCCCAGUCGUUAGAAAAAACACAUUCACAAUCUCUUCGGAGAACUCGUACUACCCCUGUUGA